AUGCCACCAAUCCGAACCGCACGCGCCUCGAAGAAGGCCCCGCCGGAGGGCUUCGAGGAUAUCGAGGACACUCUUCUGGAGUUCCAGAACAAGAUGAAAGACGCUGAAAACGCAUCGCACGAGGGAAAGAAGAAGUACGAAAUGACUUGGCCCAUCUUCCAGAUCACGCAUCAGCGCUCGCGUUACAUCUACGACCUCUACUACGAGAAGGAAGCGAUUAGCAAGCAGCUCUACGACUAUCUCCUCAAGAACGGAUAUGCGGAUGCUAUGCUGAUAGCGAAGUGGAAGAAGCAGGGUUACGAGAAGACCAAGGAGACCAACUUCCGCUCGACAUGCAUUUGCCGAGUACCGCGCGAACAGCUCAAGGAGAAUCAGGACAUACAGUGUGUCAACUGCGGGUGCAGAGGAUGCGGAUCGAGUGACUGA